UGUCUGAAGAGCUUAAAAAAAAAAAGGAGAUCUCAGGUAAUUCUGAAAACAGAGGAUGUUCUUUUUCUUCGCUGGUGGAUUAGGGCAACAGGUGAGGCAGGUGCUCAAAUCCGGCGCCGGAAAGUGCAUAAGAUGUGGCUCGGAGGCCGAUUUGGUGGAUUACGACAAAGUCUUGAAGCUGUUCUUUGUUCCUGUCUGGAGAUGGCCCGGGAAAGAUCAAGUACUCCAUUGUAGAGACUGCGAUCUGUUUUUCCCUCCGCCGAUAUCUCUAGCUACGUGCCGUUUCUGCGAUCGAGUCGUGGAGCCUGAGUUCCGUUUCUGCCCCUUUUGUGGCUCUUCUCUGUGAAUUUUGGUCUGUCUAGAAAGUUGUUCUUUUAAGUCUACAAAGUUGAUUUCAUCUCCCUCUAAAAGUUGUCUGUAUUUUACUGAAACUUUGAGUUGUGGUCUUUCUUGCAAAAUCUUUAAGACUUCCUGUGUGUGUUGCUUGCUCAUUGACUUUUUAUAGUCGCAUGUUUUUCUA